UCAUCUGUACCCACCAUGCAGCCAAGAGAAGACAGACAAACUCCUCACCUCAGACCUCGGCAGUCUUCACUACCAACAAAUAUGCAAAUUCUACAACUUUUAACAAUCAGAAGUGCAAUAUUAUUCCUCUGAAAUUAUCUCCAAGGAGGAAAGGUCACAAUUUUGCCAAUGAUAUUGUGGAAAAAUUGACAAUCAAGUUUUGCUGCUCAGUGUAUUAAAACGUCUUUUGGAAAUUAAGAAAAGAAACUUAUCGUGUCCACAAUCAGUGUAAUAAUUAUAUGAAAAAGUCUUUUGAAUAUUAAGAAAAGAAACGUGUCGGAACGAAAAUGAAUUCGAAACUUCCCAAGAGCUUCCGGACGGUGAUUCUCUGCUCGUUAGCGAACUUCAUUAACCAGGCGGACCGUACCAUUAUGCCGAUUGCGCUGGUGCCGAUGAGCAACGAGUUUGACUGGAACCUGCAGGCUCAGGGCUGGAUCCUCAGUUCUUUUGCCUUCGGAUACAUCAGUAGUCAGGUUAUCGGUGGAAGUGCAGCACGGCGGUGGGGAGGGAAGUGGGUGCUGGGCUUCGCGGUCGCCGUUUGGUCCUUAGCGACGUUUUUCACGCCGGCGUUCGCGCGGACGCUCUACGGUCUGAUCUUCGCCCGGAUCUGUCUCGGGUUCGCCGAAGGGCUGGGGCUGCCGACGAUCUUCCACAUCUUCGCAAACACGGUUCCGAUGGAGGAACGGUCGCGGGCGUUCGGGUACCUGGUGGCGUCCGGGUCAAUCGGACAGACUCUCGCAUCUGUGAUCUGCCCGAGAUUACAGUGGCCGAUGAUGUUCUACAGUUUCGGGGUUCUGGGGUUCGUGUGGGUCGCCACGUGGGUUCUCUGCUUCCGGGAGCAGCCCAUCGACUACGACGAGGAACUCUUCCUUCCUCCCAAGAUCCUGACCUCUAACCUACGUUGGGUGGAGUUCAUCUCGCAUUGGCCGCUGUGGGCGAUCUACUCGGCGCACUUCGCCAUGAACUGGAGUAACUACGUGGUUCUGUCCUGGCUGCCGACCUACCUGCAGCGCGCGCUCGGGGCCAACGCUAACGACAUCAGCUUCACCGCCUUUCCUUAUAUGGUCAACUCACUCGUCGGCGUAGGAGCAGGCCACAUGUCUGACUGGCUGGUUUCCCGUAAGAACUGGACGGUUCUGUCCGUGCGGAGACUGAUGACGAGUAUCGGGCUGCUGGGUCCCGCCGUCUUUAUCCUGGCCUUCAGCACCACAAACAACCUCAUCGUGGCCCUGCUGCUGGUGUCGGUGUCCAUGGGUCUGUGUGCGUGUAACUCGUCAGGUCACAUGAGUAACCAUGCCGACGUGGCUCCCAAUCACGCAGGGAUCACAUUCGCUGUGUCUAACACUAUGGCUAGUAUCCCAGGCAUCGCCCACGGCCCUGUCACAGCGACGUUAGUGACGGCUACAGGACACUGGUACCCGGCUAGUAUCCCAGGCAUUGCCCACGGCCCAGUCACAGCGACACUUGUGACGGCCACAGGACACUGGUACCCGGUCUUCAUGGUGGCUGCAGGAGUCAACAUGGUGGGAGCCAUGAUCUACGCUUCACAGAGCUCCGCCAGCCAGGUGCUCUAACACACCCGGACACACCUAACAGGUGCUCUAACACCU